AUGUCCCCGCGAGCGGAGGCGCUGCUGGCCGAGCGCGGCCCCGGCAGGCGCUACCGGGCCGGCCUCUGCUCGCUGGCCGCCCUGGCGCUCGUGCUGCUGGCCGCCCUCACCUACCUGCCGCCGCUGCUGGUGGCCUACCGGAGCCAGGGUUUCUGGCUGAGGCGGAGCAGCUACGCGGAGCAGCCGUCCGUCCGCUUCCUGCACGAGGUGCUGCUGGUGGGCCUGACCCAAGGCGGCGGCGGCGGCGCGCUGGGCUGGAGCUCCUUCCCGGCCUUCAACCGCCUGCUGGGCCCCCGCCUCCGCGUCCCGCUCGUCUCGGCUAGAGAGGAAGACACCAAUCAAGAUGGCUUGAUGGACCUCCUACAUUUUCGCCUGGAGCUUCCCCUGAAGUCCACAGAGCAAAUAAUUGGGGUACAGCUCCUUCUGACCUUUACUUACCAAUUAUAUAGAAUGUCCACAUUUGUGAUGCAGAGCAUGGCUUUUCUCCAGUCAUUCUCCCCUGUGCCAGGGUCACGAGUCAUCGUGAACGCAGACCUGAAGCUCCGUCAGAGGCAACCGCUUGGCCAUUGUGGGCUGGACAGCAGAUACAACGUAUCUGUGAUCAAUAGCUCAAGCCCUUUUGCCCAGGACUAUGAUCUUGAGAACAUACUGGCAGCGUAUCAGGAGAGAAAUGUCACAACAGUUUUGUCUGCUGAUUCCAGCCCCAUCUGGGCUGUGUCAAGAGCCCCCAGUGACCCUUUUGUGAUCCAGGCCACUAUCCAUUACCCAGAGGAACUGAUUGUAUAUCCUUUGGGCUUCUGGGAAAUGAUCAAGUUUGCUUGGAUCCAGUAUGUUUGCAUUCUACUGAUUUUUCUCUGGAUUUGUGAACGAAUUAAAAUCUUCCUUUUCCAGAAUCGGGUGCUAGACACUGUUCCGGUGGUACCAGUUUAUUCUGUCUUGUCCCACAAAGAACACCAGUCCUGA